AUGAGCUCCGUCGACGAUUCCACGUCAUCUCGCAUGGCAAGCCAGGCCCAUCGAACUGGCUAUCAUGCAAUUCUGAUAGGGAUCAAUUGGUAUCCUGAGAACUCUCUGCAGGGCGCCGUACGAGACGUCCAAGAGCUCAAAGCCCAUCUUGAAAUGGAAAUUGAGGCAGUUAACUUGCAUGUACUCACCGCUACCGUGGACGACUUGGACCCGACCAAGCCUGUUGAAGACCCGGAGUACUUACCCACUUGCUCGAACAUUAUUCGUGAUUUCCGUGCAGUGACUGAGAAUGCAAGACCUGGCGAUCGAGUCUAUGUUCAUUAUUCCGGCCACGGGACACGGGACGUGAAAAGCGGUCGUCUACUAUUGGCAGUCUGCGGUCCAUACAUCACGAGCAUUCUUCUGGCUGCUUGCAUCAAUACAAUGGUGGUGAAGGGACUUGUCGUAACCCUGGUCAUGGACUGCUGCUUCUCGGCUUCAGUUCAGCGCGGGCCCCGCGUACGCUUUAUAUCAUACGACCCAGCACUUGGCGAAGCCGCUGAGAUCGCCCAAGAAGAAGAACUCAGAUCUUGGAUUGGUAGAUCUGGUAUUCGAGACGCAAAAAAAUCCUUUGAAGAGUUUUUCAUUAAGGAUUCUAAGAAACAUGCCAUCUUAGUCGCCUGCGGGGACGACGAAAAGGCUUGUGAGGUGCAGCUUCCUGACGAUUCAUACCAUGGAAAGCUUUCUUGGUUUAUUCUCAACAUUCUGAAGGCCGAGAAUGGUCUUUCGGGAAGCCUCCGCGACAUAUUCGCACGUUUGCACUUCGACUUUCGAUACAGCAGUCCUCCUCAACGCCCCGUAUUAUAUGGGAACGAAGGUCAGACCUUUUUCAGAGAAGCAUCAAUGUCUCGGACUAGUCAUCAAAAUCCCUUGUAUUUCCAAGUCGACAAAAGUGAGAACGGGAGAUUGACAUUGUGGGCUGGUAAGGCUCAUGGCAUCAACGACGGAGAUCAAUUUGCAUUGCUCCCUUCGAGUUCGACAGCAGUUCUGAUGCCACCAAAUCCAAUUAUGGCUCGAGUUUGUGGAAACUCAUCAUUUAGAUCGAACCUGGAAAUUCCAGACCCGACAAGCGUUGAGACCGAAGACGAGUGGAAGGCAACUGCACUGUCCCAGCUCGCGCUUCGGCAACUUCGCCUAAAGCUGGGAGCCAACUUGCGCAAUAAAGCGACCUGGAUCAAUUGUCUCCACGAAAGAUAUUUGGAGGGCUUCACGGAACCUCAUAGAAACGACUUUACCUUCCAAGUCGACCUUGCUAGCAGCCGAUUUCGUGUGACGGACUCCCGUGGUCAAGAGCUGUUGAACAUCCCAAAUGUAGAGGACUCGGAAACCAGCAUCAUCCAAAUGUGCGAUAUCCUCAGGCAUCUGAUCCGAUAUCAAUUUGUGAAAGACUUAUGCAACUUAGAGCCAGCCAGAGAUUUUGAUAAGUCCAUUGAGGUUUAUUUAUCUGUGCAGGGGAAGCGAUCAGAUGAAACACGGAUAAUACCUAUAAAAGAGGGAGCAAAGAUCACUAUGAACAUUACUAAUGAGCUCGAAAAUGAUGUAUAUGUUUCGAUCUACAAUCUCGGCCCUCAGUGGCAGAUUAUCAAUGUAUGUCGUGAAUCUUACGACAAGGUCCCUGGCCGGGGUCGCUUGAACAAGUCGUUCACAAUGAAGAUCCCUCUUAUUAUGAAGAAUAAUGGACAUCAGGAAUGCCAUGACGUUUUGAAAGUUUGGGUUACCUCUAAACCAACCUCGAUGUACAACUUACGGCUGCCGAAGCUGAACGAGUUCCCGGGAACGGAUGGAUCUGCUGUGCCAAGCCUGAUGGUAGUAGGAUUUGAGGAGAGCCAAUAUCUAUUUCGCUAG